GCAGCGUUAAGAGGUUCUCAUAGCCAUCUGCUCGGUUUUUCACUGCAUCUGGAGCGAUGAAAGCGUGGGCCAUUCUCCUGUCAUUGUGCAUGACCGUGCAAGCCUUACGGAGGAUCACUCUGAAGAAAAUGCCUUCCAUCAGAGAAGCUCUUAAGGACACAGGGGUCACGCCGGCAGAAGUUUUCACUGUACUUGCACCAAAGAUGGAUGCCAGUCCUUCACUUCACAAUGGCAAGGCACAAUUCCCAACGCCUCUAACCAACUAUCUAGAUUCUCAAUACUUUGGGGAGAUUAGUAUAGGAACACCAGCACAGCUGUUCAACGUUGUGUUUGAUACUGGUUCUGCCAACCUUUGGGUUCCUUCACAGAGCUGUUCUCCACUAUACACUGCAUGCUUUACUCAUAACAGAUACGAUUCCUCUAAAUCUCACACACAUAUUCAAAACGGAACAGGAUUCUUCAUCCAGUAUGCUUCUGGAAACGUCAGGGGAUUUCUGAGUGAGGAUGUAGUUGUGGUGAGCGGUAUCCCGGUGGUGCAAGUGUUUGCAGAGGCCACAGCUCUCCCUGCAAUCCCAUUCAUCUUCGCAAAGUUUGAUGGUGUGCUGGGAAUGGGUUAUCCAGAGGCAGCUAUUGAUGGCAUCACACCAGUGUUUGAUCGUAUUAUGUCUCAGGGAGUGCUGAAAGAAGACAUUUUCUCUGUUUAUUACAGCAGAGAUCCAGGACACAUUCCCGGAGGAGAACUGUUGUUGGGCGGCACAGAUCCGAAUUACUACACAGGAUCCUUCCACUAUGUUAACACUAAAGGCAAGGGCAAGUGGGAGGUCAUUAUGAAAGGUGUAUCUGUGGGUGAAGAGACAUUGUUCUGUACAGAAGGCUGUAAUACUAUGAUUGACACAGGCUCCUCCUACAUCACUGGUCCCGCCUCUUCUGUCUCCCUUCUCAUGAAGACGAUCGGUGCUGUUGAGCUUGCAGAGGGAGGAUAUACCGUGAACUGUGACCUGGUGAUGUCCUUACCCAGUGUGACCUUUCACCUUGGUGAUCAGGAGUAUCCUCUGACACAAGAAGACUAUAUUCUCUGGCAGUCACAGUUUGGGGUGAACAUUUGCACUGUGACAUUCAGAGAGCUGGACCUUCCGCCUCCUGCUGGUCCUGUCUGGAUACUGGGGACAAAAUUCAUUGCCCGAUAUUACACAAUGUUUGACCGAGCAAACAACCGCAUUGGAUUUGCUCAAGCUUUGUGACUCUCUCCAGGACAUUCCAGAAAUUAUUAAAGUAUAUCAUACCAAACCAUACCAUAUCACACCAUAUCACACCAUACUAUAUCACACCCUACCACACUAUUCUACACUCCACCACACCCUACCACACCAUACGAUGCAAUACCAUAUCACACCAUACUGCACCAUACCAUAUCACACCCUACCACACCAUUCUACACUCUACCACACCAUAGCUCACCAUACCAUAUCACAUCCUACCACAGCUUACCAGAUUACA